CGAUACAUAACCGUAUCACAUUACACGCCGGUCUGAGCAUGUUUGGUGUGGUGGUUUUAUGUCCCUGUUGCGAAUUGAAGGAUCGCACCUUGUUUGUAAAGGUUUUGCUGCAAGCUUUCGAAAUGGACAGCCGUCUCGUUUCCGCUGGGAUUUUCCUUUGCGUGGUAUUGCGCUGCGCUUACAGUUUCAUGUUGCCCACGUAUGGAUCUAACAACUAUCUGCAGCCGAUGCAACCCAUGAAUGGCUUCCAGCCAAUGCAGCCCAUGCAGCCUCUGCCCGGCAUGACGUCCUACCCGCCGAUGACCUUUGAUUUUGCCGGUCAGCAGCCCAAUCCCAACUUUCCCACUCUCCACUUCCCGCAGAUCUACGUUCCCAGCGUCCAGAUUCCCAACCAACCGGGUGUCAGUGUCCUGAAUAACUCGGCGUCCGCCCAAGGGCCUAACGGCGCCGGAAGUGGCGUAUCCGUCGGGGCCAGUGCUUCCGGACCAGGUGCGCAUGCCGGCGGAUCUGCCCAAUCGAGUGGUUCAGGCAGCAGCAGCGAUGGCUAUCAGAGCAGUAGCCACGGGAUGUCCUUCAUGUCCAGUGGAUUGAAGAAAGCGUAUUCCCAACCAGCGUAUCCGUAUCAGUCAAACUAUCUCGGACAGAUUACUGCAUGGGGACCUAGCGGAUACUACUAAAGGUUAUCUAUUUAUAAUGGGUAUCUGUGCAGCAGAUCUGCCAAAAAUGUUGUUCGUAGAUUGAUUAAAUCUGGUAAAUUAUGAUUUAUUAAGUAAUUUAACACUUUGAGCCUUAAUGUAUUUGCGCUGUUAUUUUCGUUCUACCGAGAAAUGUGUGAAAGUUCCUGAUUAUUAGCACUUCCUAAUUAAGAGAUCUCUUUUUUUAGCUUGAAAACAGGAAUAAAGCUUACUGCACAUCA